CAACAACUUGUCGGCUGACUUGUCCGGAGGCUGCUCGCCGGCGAGACUUCACCAAAGACAGUAUUUUUUGGCCAAGUUACAGCCCUCAAGUUAACUUGUUGGUUGUGAGAAAACGUCAAACAUGGCCACGACUGGAAAUUGUCCAGAGGCAGAACGGACGUGCCAGGAACCUCAGCACAGGCCAGCGGAUUUAAGCAAAGAUCACAGCGAGCAGCCGGAGGGGCAUGUACUCAGUCACGGGAACAACCAUGUCAAUCAUCUGGCUCCCUGCUCGACCGAAGGACAUUGGUUCAGGCCUGAUCAGGAAGAGGAGGCGAUACGCAGGAAAUUAAAAUAUUUUUUCAUGAGCCCAUGUGAUAAGUUUUAUGCCAAGGGCCGCAAGCCUUACAAGCUGAUGCUGCAGCUGAUCAAGAUUGUUGUUGUCACAGCUCAGCUGGUUCUUUUUGGCCUGAGUAAUCAGGUGGUGGUGACCUUCAAGGAAGAAAACACUAUGACCUUCAGGCACCUUUUCCUCAAAGACUAUGACGAGUCCUCAGAUGCCUCAUAUGCUGUUUACACUCAAAAUGAUGUCUAUGAACACAUCAACUAUGCGGUAGAGCAGUAUCUGGCAUUACCAGAAACCACAGUCGGACGAUACGCAUACAUCUACGGUGUUGGUGUGAACGGCAGCGCCCUCUCUCUCUGCCAGCAGUACUACAAGAAGGGGAGCAUUGACCCAGCAAACGAUACUUUCAACAUAGAUCCGCGAAUCAUCACAGAGUGCGUCGGUGUAAACCCCCUGGAGGUCCCUCCAAAUCUGCAAGCUAGCAGCUACAAGAACUUUACCCUCAAGUUCCACAAGUUUAUUAAUGUCACCAUAGACUUCCAGCUGAAGGCCAUCAACCUUCAGACCAUCAUCAACAAUGAGAUUCCAGACUGUUACACUUUCCACAUCACGAUUGUGCUGGACAACAGGGCACACAGUGGCAUGGUGAAGAUCCACCUGGAAAACCAGGCAUCCAUAAAGGAGUGUAAAGACCCCAGUGUCUCUGGACAGGCUGAGAAUUACACCCGUGUGUCGUUUGACGUGGUGGUGGCGCUGUUGUGCUUGUUAUCGUUGGUGCUCUGUGGUCGUUCCAUUCUCAGAGGCAUCGUGCUGCAACAGGAGUUUGUCCAGUUCUUUAAGGAGAACCUAAACCGCAACGUUUGCUGGUCCGACCGCCUGGAGUUCAUCAAUGGCUGGUACAUUCUCCUCAUCAUCAGCGACAUCCUCACCAUCAUCGGCACCAUCAUCAAAAUUGGCAUUGAAUCGAAGAAUAUGUCCUCGUAUGAUCUGUGCGGCAUCCUCCUUGGUACUUCCACGCUCCUGGUGUGGGUGGGGGUCAUUCGGUACCUCACAUUUUUCCAGAAAUACAACAUUCUGAUCGUGACUCUCCGAGCCGCGUUCCCGAACGUCAUCCGGUUCUGUUGCUGUGUCGCCGUCAUUUAUUUGGGCUACUGCUUCUGCGGAUGGAUCGUUCUGGGACCCUAUCAUGUCAAGUUCCGCUCCCUGUCCAUGGUGUCCGAGUGCCUCUUCUCCCUCAUCAAUGGAGAUGACAUGUACGUCACCUUCUCAGAAAUGCAGGAGAGCAGCACUCUAGUGUGGCUCUUCAGCCAGGUCUACCUCUACACCUUCAUCUCCCUCUUCAUCUACAUGGUGCUGUCACUGUUCAUCGCUCUCAUCACGGGAGCCUACGAGACCAUCAAGCAUCAAACCCAAGAACCCGUACACAUCACCGAUCUUCAUGCCUUCAUUGCUGAGUGCACAGAUGCACCAAGCUCUGGGAAGUUUCGGGGACUGGAAACCUCACCUUGUUCCAUCUUCUGCUGCUGUGACAGAACAACAACAUACGAAGACGUGCUGCUGGUGAACUAGGCUGACCCUCUGUGACCUCAAGAGACUCUUCACCGUUGGGAUAUCUUCACUUGAGCGGUGUCCUUGGGUCCAGACUGUGAAAAAUGCUGCCAACGACCUCCCUGUUUUGAACUUCUAUGAGUGGCACAUGACACUGACGGGGGGGGGGGCUUGUCACUUCUCCGAAAAUGAAUGGAACUUUUCAAUAUAACGCAGCAUUUGUUGGACAAGUGGUCUACACAAAGGAUACAUGAUAUUGCUGCUGAUAUUUUUAAUGUCUUGUUUUUUGGGAUAUCCAGAAAGGUGACUUUGUGGAUGCAGGGGUCCAAAUUCUAGGGCACACAUCAACUGGGUUUGGAUGAACAAGAUAGCUUUAAUGGUACUGACUGGAGUUGACUGUCAAAAAUAAUACUCCAAAAACACCACCAGCAUCUCUGUCUCCUGAAGAUGUUCUUGUCUUCCUUUUUUUUAAUGUCUGUUUGCAUUUUCUUUUGUCUUGCUAUGAGUCUUGCUGGGUGCAUUUGAGUGACAGCGUAAUGGGAUACACUUAAAAAGCACUUAGUAAAAGUCUCUUUUACUGGGAAGAUGGGUCCCUAAGCCCUUAUAUCUCUUCCUACUCCCAAGCGUCCGAUAUCUAAAGGUGCCUUUUGGACGAGAACAUUGUCACUCCCUUUGUGCUCCCUUUGUAAUGUCUGCCCUGCAAAGCCGUAUAUACUGAUAUGAAAUUAAUUGUGAAGUGCAUAAACAAUAACUCUAAAGACGUUUUUUUUACGUCUAAGGCCCUUGACAUCUCAUCUUGUGCUCAUGCAUUUCUACAAUGCAUUUGAAUUGAGACUGAUAUUAAAGUGUCUACGGUGUAUUUUAGUGUAGACUUCAUUGGGUUGUUUUACACUAAAGGCAUACAUAGAUGUGCUGUGAGAUCAUGUCCACCCUUUUAUGGUGUUUUUGUGGACAAUAUUUCAUCUUGGUUUAUGUAUUGGAUCUGAAUCAUUUUUGUGCUUGGAUGCGCGUCUCACUUCAGUAGAGGGACUCCUGAGCUGCCUUAUUACACAUGAGCAGAGAGAGUCUUGAGCUUUGUUGUGCUCUUUCUACAACAUUUGGGAUUUCGCGUCGCGCACUGGUCGCUUGGUUUAAUUCAAAGCACCUUUCAGGAUACUGGGAAAGCCCCGAGUGUUCAACCCCGAAUCUCUGAAGGCUCGCGGGGUGAGCUCAUUUCCUGUUUAUCGACCCUCCCUGUCAGCUGAUGCAGCUCUUCUUCUCCUUCGUUACUCUUAAUAUCAUCAUACAUUAUGUACAGCUCGGGGGGGGGAAAUGCUCUCAAAGUGUAUGCAUGACUGAACUCCCUGAUCCACCGUGACCUGACUUCAUUAUUGAGUGGCUUUAUAGUUCUGGCCUUUUGGAUAAAGUGCGGUGCACACGUUUGAUGUGAGAGGAUCAGGAAACAUGUACUUGUGUUCGACGGCAUCCGCCUGCUUGGCACCUGCUCUUCUUUGUUAGCGUGUGUGUGUCGAUCUGUUUUGGUUUGUGGUUUGCAGGCUCGGGAAGUGUGUGCAGCUGUUUUGGCCACAAGGUGCAUUUGCAGUGAGUCGAGCUUUAGAGAUAUUGCCUCCUCACACUGUUUGGUUUCAGGCCACGCCCUUGGAUAACAAUGUUACUAAGCAGCCGAGAUGGAUGGGCAGGAUGUGAGCGGAUUAUGGCCCUUCUCUGCCUCUGAUAAUGGAGGACAUUAGUGCUGCCCAGUGGAGUAUAUCGGACUGAAAGUUCAGUUCUACUUAUCUUUACAUAAACUCAGGUAGAAUGAACGUCAUGAUAGAAUGACAUGUCAGGUCAUCAUCCAUCAUCACACCCCAACAAGUCCAGAUCAUUUGGCUGGAAGCUAUGAUCGAAGUGUUUCCACUUUUCUGUUAAACUUCCUCAUUCUUUGGGCCGAACCAGUGCCACACAUUCUCAUCUGCAGUGGUCUGUAAAAGACUCUCCUCCUUCCAUGACUUGCUUUUGUGGCGUCUGCAGCUGCUGCUCUACACCACAUUUUUACAAAGGCCAUUCAGCCAUUGUUUAAUUGGACUAUCGGGGCCGUGGACACCGAAAGAAACUCCCAUGACACAAAAUUACAUUUGUGCUGGUUACAGAAACCCUUUGUGCCCCAUUAGUGGGAGUGUAAAUUUAGAUCGCCUGCUAAGGUUGAGUCAGAUGGUUGGUGCGUAAAAAGCUAAUCUGGUUGAGCUCGCUUGAACAUCAUCUUGAACAUGUCACACAGUCUUAUGACGCCGUAAGUCAAACAUGACAAGUUGAUACAUAUGCACAGGCAGAUGCGCAGCCCUUGUUGCUUUUCCCUCUCUUUCUAAUAAUUCCCACUCAUACACAGACAACAACCAUAAUAACAGUGUGAAUUCACAAAUAUCUUUUGUGACACAUCACUUUUCUCCUGUCUGUUUUGUACCUGCAUAUGUGUGAGUCCAGGGGACGCUAUCCUGCUGCUAGUGAGUCCUGACCAACACCUGGGUCGUCCAGUCACCCGACCAGCUACUUUCAGGGACGAGAGUGAAACUUCGGUGUGGCAGUUUCGCUUCACAACUUCACCUUUCCCGUAACCUGGCUGACAACCAUCUAAACAACCAUAUCUGUUGCGACAAUGUUGGUAAAUUAUUGAAUUAAAUGUCGACUUCCUUCCAGUAAUAACCUGCCAGUACAAAGGUUGGAUUAAACAGGUCAAACUUAAAGAUAAGCAUCUCAUAAUGAAUAUCAUUUAACAAUUUGGAGCUUUUUGGGUAUUGGGAAAUGAUUUCCCUCAAAACCUCAAUCUCAGCUAGAGGCAAAGUCUUGGCGAGGGACGAGUGAAGUGAAGGGUCUGUUAGUUUUCGCUGCACAUCGUUGGCCUCUCAGUUCCUCCUUUAGCAUGUAAAUAAAGCCAUUUUGAACAUUUACAUUGAGGUACUAUUUAUUUGUGUCAGAAAUGCGGUUGUUUUUAAAUCAGUGUUAUGGUAAAUGUGUUUGAUAACAAUAAAAGAGACCCUAACCCUAGCACCACAUAUCAUGUUCACGACAACAAGUCACCCCCACAAAUGUCACAUGUCUUCGCGCUGUAUGCACCUUCAGUUCAAGUUCACCUUCACAUUGUUCACUAACCAUCUGGCUUUGGACAAAGAGGGAGUGUCCUGUUGGGGCCACA